AUGGACCAGCUGCGCACGGACCAGUGCGCACAGCCUGCCCUUAUCUUCCCCUGUCACCUUAGGUUUGAGCCCCGCUCACCAUCGCUUCGGUCGGGUGGUGCGCACCCUCACUAUACCUUACGAUACUACGCGCACCUUCCCGUCCUCCCCCCAUCCAACGUGGCUGCCUGCCAAGGCCAAGUUCACGCAUUCGACUCUCAGGACCUCAUCAACGUCUACAUCCCAGACGGCCCUGAGACUGUCAUCUACCGUUGUGAGCAGCAGCCGUGCCCCAACCGGACACCCCGAUCGAUCGCGGAAGAUUACCCGCGCUACAAGGCAAUCAGGCAAGCACAACAUCCGCUCGGCCCUCGAAGCACCCUUGCAUCUCGAUCCGCCUCGAGGCACUCUCGCCCUGUCUCCCCUACCUCCCGCCUUCCCCAAACUGUUGCUGAGUCCAGCCAAGUACGAGGAGAUCUCCCUCCAGACCCUGCACCAGAGCCUAAGCCUGAGGAGGGUGCAGGUGAAGGAGUCUCGGAGUCCGAGUCCGAGGAUUCUGUUGGGUCCGCCUCACCGACAGCAUUUGCCCCCGCGUCAGCAGUCCCUGAC